GGGUGGCAAAAAACGCACGCGGUCCCUGGCCGCGCACGGCCCAAUUGGUGGACGGGGCAGCUUGUGAAGAUGACUCCUACCUUAAGACGGCGCAACGGUGCCGCCCCGCACCCGGGCAGCAACGGCCGCGGCAGCCCGGCCGAUUCCAUGCUGAGCCGCAGCAGCUCUAGCAACUCGGAGGCCCUCGAGCCGCGCGACUGGCUCGGGCGAGGUGGUUUGAUGGGCAACCCCUGGGACGCUUUUCCUGCCGACGUCAAUGAGCAGGAGAAGGUCCAUAGGAAAAGAAUGAGGAACCGCGCGCCGGCUUUGUUCCUGCGACUGAAGGUCUAUUUCCUGGCUUCCGUUUGGUUGAGCGUGGCGUUCCUCUACUUCCUGUGGCAGCUCCCACUCUUAUUCUUGCAUUUGAUCCCGGACGGCGGCGCGCUGUAUAAACGAGCUUGCACGCACUACGACAGACUCGUCCAACCGGCCAUAUUGGCGGUGCCCUUCUCGUGGUGCGGGUUUAGAGUGUGGUGCUGCACGCCUGCGGAACUGCGACGAGUGCCGGAGUGUGGUUCGUCCGUGUUCAUGACGAAUCAUGGGAGCAGAGUGGAUUGGCUCGUGGGUUUGCUCAUGGGUUCGACGCUAGAACCGCAGGUGCGGGUGGGCUUCUGCGCCGAGUUCACGACGAUGCUCAUGCCGAUCUUCGGCUGGUCUCGCGGGCUGUUCGGGGACAUCUUUUUGAGACGGACGUUCCACCGGGACGGGCCCCGCAUCCUGGACAACAUAAGAAGCUUCAAGGAAGCGAAGGUCGAUCGGGUCAUCUUCUUGGCGCCGGAAGGGGCGAUCGUCGACCCAGGAGUAGAAAAGGACGCCGAGUACGUCCAGCAGUGCUCCAAGUUCAUGCUCGAUCACGACCUACGACCGCUGAAGUAUUUAUUGACUCCAAGAUACAAGGGCAUGCAGCUCGUGACCACGCAUAAUCCCGAAGGCAUCUUUAGUGUCACGAUGGCCUUCGUCUGUCGGGACAAGGAUUCCGUACAAGUGGAUGACGUAACAGGAGCCGCGAGAGGGGGCUGCUUGUGCUCCCGACCGUUGGACGAUCCAGCCCGCGUCAUCCCCGACCUCCACACCAUUUUUCGAGGGGGCCUCCACGUCUUCACGCACAUCGUCAAGGUGCCUGGUGAGAAGAUGAGUAACGAUGAUCCGAAAGGCGUGCGAGACACUUUAUUGGACGACUACGCCCGCAAGGACGCGCUACUCCAGACCUUCCGGGAGACGGGCGCGUAUUCAUCAGAUCCUGAACAGUACAUGUUACCGAUAAGACACGUGCGCAUGAACGCGACCCUGGUGUUAAUCGCGGCGUGGACGUGCUGGGUGGCCAAGUUCGUCCUAGGAUGGUCGUUGAGAGUAGUCAUGAGACGGGUCGGUAUUAGCUUCGUCGUGCUCUUCCUGAUGCACGCGUUCACGCACCUCCACGCGGAACGGAUUUCUGGCGCCUCGCGCGAGUCGCUCUUGUUCGAGACGGUCCUAAAAAUGCUCAUGCAGCGCUGGAUGGGCGGCAAGCUCGACCACGGCGGGGCUUCGUCGCAGGAGAAGGCCCGCCAGCAGAAGUCGCGCCUGGCGACUCUUUAGCACGCCAGUCGCUACGAAAAAAAAAAGAAACGUCCGCCCGCUCGCUCUCUCUCUCGCUUAAGUCCUAGGAAAGUAUUACUCGGCGCCCUCCUUGGACUCGUCCUUGGACUCGCCCUUGGACUCGUCCUUCGCGCCCUCC